ACUUUCGAGAAUAAUCCAAAAUACUAAAACCAUAUCCUUUCAUAGCUUUACUCUCUCUCUCUCUCUCUCUCUCUCAAGUCUGAAGUAAAAAGAAAUUGAGAAUAGUGAUACAUGGCUGUGUACAAAUCAGAAGAUGAUUAUGAGUACCUCUUCAAGCUGGUUUUGAUUGGUGAUUCUGGAGUGGGUAAAUCCAAUUUGCUCUCGAGGUUCACGAGGAACGAGUUUAAUCUGGAGUCCAAGUCUACUAUUGGGGUAGAGUUUGCUACCAAGAGUUUGAAUAUUGACGGGAAGGUCAUCAAGGCUCAGAUUUGGGACACUGCUGGCCAGGAAAGGUACCGUGCCAUUACUAGUGCUUACUACCGAGGAGCCGUUGGUGCUUUGCUAGUCUAUGAUGUCACUCGCCAUACAACAUUUGAGAAUGUGGGAAGGUGGUUGAAGGAGUUGAGGGAGCACACAGACCCUAACAUUGUGGUCAUGCUGAUCGGCAACAAGUCAGAUCUUCGACACCUUGUUGCCGUUCCAAUGGAGUACGGAAAAUCAUUUGCAGAGAGAGAGUCCCUCUACUUCAUGGAAACUUCUGCAUUGGACGCAACCAAUGUGGAAAACGCAUUUACUGAAGCUCUCACCCAGAUAUACCGGAUUGUGAGCAAGAGGGCAGUUGAGGCAGGUGAUAAUGGAAGUGCUUCCACUCUUCCGUCUAGAGGACACACAAUAAAUGUUGUCAAACAGAACGACUCAGUUCUGAAGAGAAUUGGGUGCUGCUCAAACUAGGAUUGCUCCUCAAGCAAGUGCCAGGAUUUCAUAUUGAAAAACACCUUGCCUCAAUAUUAUUAAAUGUGGAAAACCCUAAACCACCCAAAUAUAAGAAGAAAGCAUUAGACAUACCAUAAUCCAUUUGUACCUCAACACCUAUCUCAUCACCGCUCUACACUUAAGCCACUUGUGCCAGGCCCGGGACAGAACCUAUGCUUGGAACCUCCAAAUACAACCUCAACUCCUGGAUGGGCCUAAGGAAAAUGUUUGAAGUACAUCCUUGGAUUCCUUGCUAUGUAUGUGUAUCUGCUAUUAUUGCUAAACAGUAGCUUCAUUCCAUGAAUAUGUAUAUAUGUGUAUAUUUUUGUAGAUAACUAGUAAAUGAUAUAUUAAUUCCAGACAAACUCUUCCGGUGGUCAA